CGGGUAGAGAGUAGCCUGAAAAGGCGGCUAAACAACAUUCGAAGUUGUUUUACCCGUUACAGCUGACGCUCUAUAAUUGAAUUCUAGUUAUACGAUAUGGGGGACUAUGCUGAAGCAGAGGGUAUCGCCCUGAAACGCUUAGCAGAGGAACGGAAAGCAUGGCGAAAAGAUCAUCCCUUUGGUUUUGUAGCCAAGCCCAUGAAGAACCCUGAUGGCUCGUUAGACCUGAUGACUUGGAAUUGUAGUAUACCUGGAAAAAAAGGCACGUUAUGGGAGGGGGGGUUGUUCAGUCUUAGAAUGUAUUUCAAGCCGGAAUAUCCAACAACACCUCCCAAAUGCAAGUUUGAGCCACCUUUAUUCCAUCCCAAUGUAUUUCCGUCUGGUACCGUGUGUCUUUCCCUCUUGGAUGAAGAAAAACACUGGAGACCAGCAGUUACAAUCAAACAAGUAUCUAAAAAACUUUUUUUAACAUACUAUAAGAUUCUCUUAGGUAUUCAAGAUUUAUUAGAUCAUCCAAAUCCUAAAGAUCCUGCUCAAGCUGACGCCUACACAUUAUAUAUACAAAACAGAAAGGAAUACGACAGCCGGGUUAAAAAGCAAGCCGAGUCUUUUCGAAAUCCCAACUUGUAAUAUUCUAUAUUUCGUUGCAAGAUAUAAGAUAACCAUAUAAGUGUAAAUACAAGACAAAUCUUAUGCUUC